AUGUGGUCUAAUGGGGAAAAUGGUGUUGGUAGUGGGAGAAGGCAACGUUUGAUGAAUAUGGUGAAAACAACCAAGGAUGUGUAUAUUCCUGCGGUGCAUAAUUCACUUACACAGGCAAAGAAUUCUUUGCGUAGCUAUUACAAUGGUUAUGAUGAUAGUAGAGAGUUGUGUGUUCAACAGGAUAAGUUAAUACCGAAUUUUGAUGAGAGGGAACUACAUCUUCUUUGUUAUCCAUCUUAUACACGAAUUGGAAAUGAUAGUAGGUAUGUCACGCAGGUCCGUGGCAUGGUAUAUACUGAGGGCCAAAUGGGCAGGAGAAACAGGCUUAUUAUGUCGAUUUGUAGGCAAUUCAUCAAGCCAACAGCGACUGUUGAAACUGAGAAGGAGUUGGAGAGGGUAUUCAAUGAUGACACCACUAGUCCAUCCGCUAGAUAUACGUUGCAGUCGACUUCAACAGUCAAUAGCAUUGCUUCAUCGUCAUCGUCAUCGUCAUUCACAGCGGUUUCUGCUUCUACCACCACUAGUCAACAAGGACAGGAAGAAGUGCUACGUGAGCGUAUUUCUGGGUUUUUGAACAAAUCUAUCCCUAACGUUCCCAUUGUUGUCAACCUCAUUGAUAAUGCAGGAAAUCAAGAAACUGUGCACACCAAUACGGAUAAUUAUGGACAAUUCCAGGUGCACACAGAUACUAAAUUUUUGCCAAGAGUUAUUAAGUGUACAGUGGAUUUUGAUAUCCCUAUAUCUACUUGGUUUGAUACAAAUUUAAUUGAGGAUUCGGGUAUAGGUGUUAUUAGUGAUAUUGAUGACACAAUAAAGCAUACUGGUGUUGUAGGUGAUAAAAGGUCUCUAUUUUGCAAUGUUUUUGUGAAUUCAUUGAAUUCCUGGUUAAUCCCAGGUAUGUCAUUGUGGUACAACACUAUGAGAGAUGUUGAAUGUGUGGAUUUCUUCUACGUUUCAAACUCUCCGUACCAGAUAUAUCCUACUUUAAGACAGUACAUCUCAAAUGAAUAUCCAAUUGGCCCUCUAUUUUUAAAACAGUACUCGGGUAACCUACUUAGCAGUUUAAUGACAUCCACCGCUAAGAUAAAGCUACCAUCUAUCGUUCAAAUUUGUGCUGACUUCCCUAAUAAAAAAUUUGUACUGAUAGGGGAUUCUGGAGAAGAAGACUUAGAGGCUUAUAUAGCCACUGCAAGGGACUUUCCAAAGCAAAUAAUAGGCAUUUAUAUUCGUUGUUGUAAGGACUCUAUGAGUGAUGAUCCCACAAGAGAUUGGAAGGUAAUGGAGGAAUUAAAUGCAAUUAUUUCAGAUAAGUACUUAUCUGUUAUACAAAGAAGACAGGCGAUCAUGAAAAAGAAGCAGUCCUGCCCUCCUGUGCCGCCUAAAAAGGUACGUUUAUCUCCAGCCGUUGAAGAAGAAAUAAAAAAGUCCAGAACUUUCAGAAACUACGCUAUGUCGCCUGUUUCAUCUCAAAUAUCGUAUUUAAGUCGGUCCCCACGAUAUGGUAGUUUAGGAACAAUUCCAAUUUCACCAAAUAAGCCACCCCCAUUGCCUCCCAGAAAUCGUACCAUGUCCUCCCCCCAAUUCGAUUCUGAUAUCGAUGAUCUGUUUACGAUGCCUUCUACUCAAAACGACUACGGUAUGUACUCAGUGUAUUUUGACCGCAAGGCUGAUGAAUGGAAGGAAAGAGUUUUAAGAGCUAUCAAUAUUUUACAGGAACAAAAUGUUGAAGCUCGAUUCAUGUUUUUUAAGGAACCUUCUAUAUGCAUUGAAGAUAGCAUGUCUCAAAUUAGGAGUACAAAAAUGAAAAGAGCGAAUUGA